GGAAGAUGCCGGGGAAGCUGAAGGUCAAGAUCGUGGCGGGGCGCCAUUUGCCGGUGAUGGACCGCGCCAGCGACCUGACCGACGCCUUCGUGGAGGUGAAAUUUGGAAAUACAACAUUUAAGACAGAUGUGUAUCCCAAAUCACUUAAUCCUCAAUGGAAUUCUGAGUGGUUCAAAUUUGAAGUGGAUGAUGAGGAGCUGCAGGAUGAGCCCCUGCAGAUCACGGUUCUUGACCACGACACGUACAGUGCCAACGAUGCCAUUGGCAAGGUGUACAUAGACAUCGACCCUCUGCUCUACAGUGAGGCAGCCACUGUUAUUUCAGGGUGGUUUCCAAUUUAUGAUACCAUUCAUGGUAUACGUGGGGAGAUCAACGUUGUGGUGAAAGUAGAUCUCUUCAAUGAUUUAAACAGAUUUAGGCAGUCAUCCUGUGGCGUCAAAUUUUUUUGCACCACGUCCAUCCCCAAGUGCUACCGGGCCGUGGUGAUCCACGGCUUCGUGGAGGAGCUGGUGGUGAACGAGGACCCUGAGUACCAGUGGAUCGACCGCAUCCGGACCCCGCGUGCCUCCAACGAGGCCCGCCAGAGGCUCAUCUCGCUCAUGUCAGGUGAAUUACAAAGGAAGAUUGGCUUGAAGGUGCUGGAAAUGAGAGGAAAUGCUGUUGUUGGUUAUUUGCAGUGUUUUGAUUUGGAAGGAGAGUCUGGACUCGUAGUGAGAGCCAUAGGAACAGCCUGCACGUUGGAUAAAUUAAGUAACACAUCAGCAUUUUUACCUGCAUGUAACUCCCCAUCCAAAGAAAUGAAGGAGAUUCCUUUCAAUGAAGAUCCCAAUCCCAAUACAUAUUCAUCAGGACCCUCCACCCCUCUGAAAAACCAAACCUAUUCCUUUUCACCUUCCAAGUCCUACAGUCGACAGUCCUCUUCUUCUGACACAGAUUUGAGUUUGACACCCAAAACUGCACCUUCCCCACAGGGACCUAGGAUUUUCCUGUUUCCCAGCUCCCCUUCACUCUCUUGUGAUUCCCCACAUCUUAAAAAGUCCUGUCUCCUCCUCUCGGGGUCUAGCAUUAAACCUCUACACUCUAGCCAUGUCAGCCCAGUUGUUCUGAGGAAAAGUGUUUCUUUCACUGAAGAGCUGCUUCUGGCUGCUUCUGGAAUGGGCAGUGGGAGUGCUGGAAAAGAAGGGGGGCCAUUUAAAACUCUUUUAAGACAACAGACUCAGUCAGCUCUGGAACAAAGGGAAUUCCCCUUCUUCACCCUGACCACCUUCCCACCCGGCUUCCUGCUCCACGUCGGGGGCGUCGUCAGCGCGCGCUCCGUGAAGCUCCUGGAUCGCAUCCACAACCCCGAUGAACCAGAGACACGAGAUGCCUGGUGGGCAGAAAUCAGACAAGAAAUAAAAUCCCAUGCCAAGGCAUUGGGUUGUCAUGCUGUAGUGGGCUACAGUGAAUCAACCAGCAUUUGUGAAGAGGUCUGUAUUUUGUCCGCAUCUGGCACAGCAGCUGUACUGAACCCUAGGUUCCUUCAGGAUGGCACCAUGGAAGGCUGUUUGGAACAAAGGAUUGAAGAAGCUUCACCACCAGGUUGUGGAUUUUGCCAUAUCCCAUAUGAUGAAUUGAACAUGCCCUUUCCUGCUCACCUCACUUACUGUUACAACUGCAGGAAGCAAAAAGUUCCUGAUGUCCUUUUCACCACAAUUGACCUUCCUGUAGAGGCAAUAGUUGUUGGGAAGGGAUGUCUUAUUCAAGCCAGGCUGUGCCGGCUGAAGAAGAAAGCUCAGGCUGAGGCGAAUGCCACCUCCAUCAGCAACCUCCUGCCCUUCAUGGAGUAUGAAGUGCACACACAGCUGAUGAACAAACUCAAGCUGAGGGGAAUGAAUGCCCUCUUUGGGCUGAGAAUUCAGAUCACUGUGGGGGAGAACAUGCUGAUGGGCUUGGCAUCUGCAACAGGUGUGUAUUUAGCAGCUCUGCCAACACCUGGAGGUAUUCAGAUUGCUGGCAAGACUCCAAAUGAUGGCACCUAUGAGCAGCACAUAUCCCAUAUGCAAAAGAAAAUAAAUGAUACAAUAGCAAAGAACAAGGAGCUUUAUGAGAUUAAUCCUCCAGAGUUACCUGAAGAAAUUAUUGGGUCUCCCAUUCCAGAGCCAAGACAACGUUCCAGGCUAUUGAGAUCUCAGUCAGAAAGCUCUGAUGAAGUUACAGAGCUUGACCUUUCACAUGGGAAGAAGGAUGCUUUUGUCUUGGAGAUUGAUGACACAGAUGCAAUGGAAGAUGUUCAUUCUUUACUGACAGAUGUUCCACCACCUUCUGGAUUCUACAGUUGCAACACAGAAAUUAUGCCUGGUAUAAAUAACUGGACACCGGAAAUUCAAAUGUUCACAGCAGUUAGAGUGUCCAGAUUAAGCAACAUUAACCCAACAAAUCAAACACUCAAUAAGAACUUUAAUGAUCUCUGUGAGAAUCUGCUGAAGAGUUUGUAUUUCAAGCUGCGCUCCAUGGUCCCCUGCUGCCUUUGCCACGUCAACUUCACCGUGGCUCUGCCAGAGGAUGAGCUGGUUCAGAUUGCAGUCACAGCUGUUGCCAUUACAUAUGACAAAAACCAAGCACUACAAGCCAACAAAGCACCUACAGAAAAAUCACAGCAAAGAGCAUCUACAGACAAUGAAGAACAGCUGCAAUUUCCCUUGGAACUUUCCUCUGAUCCCCUUUCUUCUCAGCCAUUCUCUCCAGCUAAAGAAGCCCUGGAGGGUGCAAGUUCCCACACAGGUAUUCCUGCUGCUCAGAGAGCAACGUCAGUUGAUUACAGUUCCUUUGCAGACAGAUGCAACAGCUGGAUAGAGCUCAUUAAACUGAAAGCUCAGACCAUAAGGCGCGGAUCAAUUAAGACAACUACUUCCCUUGAAAAAGCAAGUCCAUUGGCUGAGGGGUACCUGAGGCACCGUUCUGUCCCGUCGGGCACCAAUUCCACUGUCUCAGUUGUUAAGAUGACUCCUCUUUCCUUCCUCCCUGGGGCAAAAAUAACCAAGUACCUUGGGAUAAUCAACAUGUUUUUUAUUCGAGAAACCACUUCUUUGCGCGAGGAGGGUGGUGUCAGUGGGUUCCUGCACGCUUUCAUUGCUGAAGUGUUUGCCAUGGUGAGGGCCCACGUUGCAGCUCUGGGAGGGAAUGCAGUUGUGUCAUACAUAAUGAAGCAGUGUGUUUUCAUGGAGAACCCAAACAAAAACCAGGCCCAGUGUCUGAUCAAUGUCAGUGGGGACGCUGUCAUCUUUGUCCGCGAGUCGGAGCUGGAGGUGCUGCCCGCGCCGCCUCCUGCGGCUGCGGCCCAGCCCGCGGGCUCUGCUGGGGACGUCACCACGUGAGGGCACAGCGCCUGCCCUGCUCUCUGCUCCUCAGAGGCUCACUGCACAUGGGGCAGUCUUCAGGUGUGCAUCUUCAAAGUCAGUGUCUCUCCAUGGAUUCACAGCCAAACUCCAGGACAAUCACUCUUCUUUUGUUGUCGUGUGACUGAGGUAAGUCAGAGCAGGAGCUGGCAGCUGAGCCCUGGUUCUUCAUUACUGUUCCUGGCCUCUGUGAAACCAGGCAGCAGCUGAAGCACUCACAGGACAACGUGCAUUACAAUAGCAGCCAUCUCAUGGAACUGUGGAAGGAAGGAAGGGAAAAUUCUGUUCCAUUUUUGAGCUGUUUGGGGGGACCAUGCCAUGUUGUCAUUCAGAACCAUUUCUGAGUGUGAGUGUUGUCUGUCUGUCUGUCUCAGGUCAGGGUGGGAGGGAGGUGCCUGAGAAGUCUGGGAUGGAAAGCUUUGAUGAAGAAGGGAGACAUUUGUGUGCAGGCCAAGGAAACAUGGGCUGGACUCUGAAAUUCCUUUACAUCAUGGAGUGUGGAGAGAAAAAGCAGUACCAAAAAGUUCCAGUUUGAAUUUUGCUCAUUGAAAGUAUUUUUUCUUAAUUUGUUGUUGUUUUUAUAUUUGGGAGCUGGGAGGUGUUGUUUCUUUAAUUGUUUUUUAAAAGGUGCCAGACCACAAUGCUGUGAUCCUGGGCAUCCCUGUGGUGGGACAAAAAACUCCCUGACCACAACAAAGAGUUCCAGGGUGUGUCUGGUGCUAAUACAAGAUGUUCACUUCAGUAUUGACAAAGCAGGCCUUUUUCUUAUUUAAGACUUUGGGAAAGAAUUGUCCUGAGGUUGAUUUUUCUAAGGCAGGAUCUGUUUCAAGGAUGACAUAAACAGUCCCCCAAAAAUGAGUUGUGCAGAGGUUAUCCUGCAGCCUCCUUCCUGUUUGAAUGCCUGGCUAAUUGGAGAUUGAUUUGUGUGUGUGACACUGGUUCCACUGGGGUCUUUUUGUUCUUUUCCAGUGCUGUGGCUGGGAAAUAAGGGUACUGCAAAGACAGGAAAUUUGUCAUUUCCAGUAAAAGUCUGAAAGGUGAUGAUACUCUAUUGUAAAAAAAAAACCCAAAAAAACCCACAACAAAAAACCUUUGAUUUGAAGAUGCAUUCUUGCUUAAUUCUGACAACAUUGUACAUGGAACUUGAACAAAGAUGUAAACUUGAAUGUAAAUAUUCUGUUUAGAGUUGAAAUUAAGCAAUGGCAUGAUUAUUUGUUAAAACUAAUUAUUUCAUUGUAAAUGAGCAUGAAAAUCAUUCUUGCACAAUAAAUAUCUUUAUAAAAUU